UCUGGAUGGGGCCAGAAGUUUCUAGCCGGCCAGUUGCUGCCGCCCUCUUCUCUGCUCCUUCCCCUUUGGCAGCGAGGAGGCUAUUUCCAGACACUUCCAGCCCUCUCCGGCCACGUCACCCUCGCCUUUAAUUCAUAAAGGUGCCCGGCGCCUGCUUCCAGGACACGUCGGCGGCGCGCAGGGCUCUCCCUCCAGCGGCGGCCCACGCAGCGACCGUGCGCCCCCAGGCCCGAGACCCCCGCGUCCGGCAUGAGCGCCGCCACCCACUCGCCCGUGGUGCAGAUGGCGUCCGGCAACAGCGACCCGCUGCCCCCCGGCUGGGAGAUCAAGGUCGACCCCCAGACCGGCUGGCCCUUCUUCGUGGACCACAACAGCCGUACCACGACGUGGAACGACCCGCGUGUGCCCCCUGAGGGCUCCAAGGAGACCCCUUCCUCUGCCAACGGCCCAUCACGGGAGGGCGCCAGACUGCUGCCCACCAGGGAAGGCCACCCCGUGUACCCCCAGCUCCGACCAGGCUACAUUCCCAUUCCCGUCCUGCACGAAGGUGCCGAGAAUCGGCAGCCACACACUUUCUAUGUCUACUCCCAGCCUGGAGCACAGCGAUUCCGGAGCGAGGCAGCUGCGGCCAGCCCGCAGAGGGCCCAGUCCCCCCUGCGGGCCGGGCCAGAAGCCACCCAGCCGGACAAACAGUGUGGACAGGCGGCUGCAGCGGCUGCCCAGCCCCCAGCCUCUCUUGGACCCGAGCGGUCCCAGUCUCCAGCUGCCUCUGACUGCUCAUCCUCGUCCUCAACCGCCAGCCUGCCCUCUGCGGGCCGUAGCAGCCUGGGUGCACCCCCACUGCCCCGCGGCUACAUCCCCAUCCCUGUGAUCCACGAGCACAACAUCGGCCGGCCAACGGCCCAGCCCUCCUUCCACCAAGCCCAGAAGACCCACUACCCCGCACAGCCGGGCGAAAGCCAGACGCACCAGCCGGUGUACCACAAGGUCCAGGGCGAUGAUUGGGAGCACCGGCCCCGGCGGGCACCUUCCCCAUUCAGGCCGCCCACACGGGGCAUGUCCAGCCGCGAGGGCUCACCAGCCAGAAGCGGCACACCAACGCCCAUUCGGGUGCACACUGCAGUCGAAAGGCCUCAGCAGCCCAUGGCCCAUAGAGAAUCGCCACCUGCUCCCCAGCCGGAUAGCAAGCCAGAAAGUAAGCCAAGCCCGGCUGGACCAGACCUCCUUCCUGGACACAUCCCGAUCCAAGUGAUCCGCAAGGAGGCCGAUUCCAAACCCACUUCCCAGAAGCUGCCCCCACCCUCAGAGAAGGCGGAAGUAAAGGUGGUCCCCGCCCCGGUUCCCGGUCCUUCUCCUAGUCCCACCCCUGCCCCUGUUCCCGCUUCCCCUAGGAAUGUGGCUACAGAGGAGAGGGCGGCCCCCAGCCCCCCUCCCGCUGACACCACCUCCCUCAAGCCUGGAGAAGCUGAGGCGCCCCCCAAACACCCAGGGGUACUCAAAGUGGAGGCCAUCCUGGAGAAGGUGCAAGGGCUGGAGCAAGCUGUGGACAACUUCGAAGGCAAGAAGACUGACAAAAAGUACCUGAUGAUUGAAGAGUAUUUGACCAAAGAGCUGCUGGCCCUGGAUUCCGUGGACCCCGAAGGACGAGCUGACGUGCGUCAGGCCAGGAGAGACGGGGUCCGGAAGGUCCAGACCAUCUUGGAGAAACUCGAGCAGAAAGCCAUCGAUGUGCCUGGUCAAGUCCAGGUUUACGAACUCCAGCCAAGCAACCUUGAACCCGACCGGCCGCUGCAAGAGAUUAUGGAGAUGAGUGCCAUGGCGGCAGACGAGGGGAAGAAGGGAGCUGGAAACACGGAAGAUCCGCAGGCUGAGAUGCAACAGCCAGAAGCCAAAGAGGGAGUUGCAAGCCCCGGCGGCAGCAGCGGUGCGCCGGACCCCUCUGGGAGCCCUGCGACAGCGUAGUCCCUGUGCGGUGCGAGUCGGACCUGGAGACUUGGGCUGCUCGUGUGCAUUGGGGGGGUUUAAGUUGCAUGCAUUUCAGGGACUUGAAAUCUGUUUUUGUUAUUUGUAGCUGCUUGGGACGCAGUGAUCUGGCUGGAGGCGAAACACGAAUAUAAGGGCUAAAAGGAAAACAAUGCUUCCGUCCACACCCUCAUUCUGUGCAAAUAAAGAAGUUGCUUGUUAAUUCUGAAGUUGAACCCCAUUGCUUGUUUUGGGGCCGUUUAUGUGUGGGCCCCACAUUAGCGGUGGUUCUUUUGUUACUGUCUUCCUUUAGCUCUGGAUUGAAGGAGUUUUUUGGGGAGUAGAUGGGAAGUAUUUCCCUCACAUAAAGAUACAACUCAACUUUUCAGAAAUGUUGCCUUUUUUAAAUGAGGUGAUAUCCAUCUCAUAGUUCAAAUAUCUAACUUUAGAAAGAAUAAACUGUGCAAGGAGCCAUAGAAAUAUCUGUAUGUUGGAUGACUUUAUGCUACGUCUAAAAAGAAAAUAAAGUGAUAAGUUA